CCUCAUACCUUUUUUCCUUUUUUGAAAAGGAGACGCGUACGGUACGUCUUACUCUAUAGAGACAUGUGUGUUUUAACUGGAGGCUGGCGUGCAACUAACCAUCUCUAUUGUGAAGAUUAUUGUGGAGGCGAUGAGUGAUGCUGAGAGUGAUGACGCUAAGCGAGCGUUGAAGAAACGCAAGGCUAGUCGUGCUUGCGACCGCUGCAACUCGCAACACCAGCCUUGCGAUAAUGCCACCCCUAAGUGCAGUGUUUGCGUACGCGCAGGCACAGAAUGUACCUACAACAGACCGGUACGCAAAAGGGGUCCCCGUAGUGGGUAUACCGGUCAGAAUGGGGAACGUCUUUGGGCCAUAAUCCUACAAGCUCGGCCCGAGCUCGAGGACAUAGUCUUGCAAGUCCUACGCGGCGGUACGUACGGCAAUACCGGCGUUCCUAAUCUCGACUAUUUCAGGAAUAACGACAACCAGGCCGAGCUUGUCAACUGUUUCAACGAGAGUCGACUUGGCAGAUUUCUACAGAAUGGAGAAUCUCCCGAUCUACUCCUACCCCCUAUUAAUCAGCAAGUUUCGCCAAUGAUUGCUCAAGUACGCAGUGACAUGGGCUUCGGCCAAUCUGCGAACGCCCACCGCCAACAAGAUGUGACUAAGAGUAUGUCCGGUCAAUCGAACCGCUCGGCGUCGAUCUCACAGUCUUGUCCGGUGAAUCCACACGGCGCACCCCAAGAUCCCGGUGACAUAUACAUCCAAAGCGAGGAUAUUCGAAGGCGUGUGUUUCAUAACCAAACUCAGAUGAACAACUACUUCUUAGGCCUACCUGAAGAUUUAGUCCCUGAUAUUAGCGCGAAUCACACGCCAUCGAACCUAACCGCUGCUCAGGGUACUACACCCUUUUCUAAUAACUCGAUUGACGGAUACGGCGCCAGUACACAGACGAAUGAUCGUUCAGUAUUAGACAGGAGAAUGAGUGUGGAUCCAUCAGUAAACAUAUCUGAACCCUCACGGCCUUCUGAAUCGAAUAAUCCAUCCAAUACGUCCUUCGAAAACCCCGAAUAUCACCUAGAUGAAACUUCUCGAUGGCUUGACUCAACUCCUUUCGACACCUUGCGAAAUCUCGGCUUUGCUCCGGGUGAGCGGAUGGCAGAGGACUUCCUUGAGUUGUGCGAGAACCCGGAUCCCAUUGACCAUACCCCAGCCACCUCAGCCGACCAAGAUGAGGACGAAGAGGCUGUCUGGCGCCGAUUAGUCAUGCGAGGAAGGUUUAUAUGACAGUGGCCUUAGCUAAGCCGUUUACAAGAAGUCUGAAAGGCUUUAUUUAGACUUCUUCGGCGUCGAUAAAUUACCGGCCAAAAUCUGGACGCAUCAUACGUCCCACCUCACCCUCAAGUCCAAUACGACAUGUAAUGACUGUCUCUAGUCGUCCUCCUCUUCCUCGAAAAGAGUCCGUGAGGGGUUACGUGUAGAAUAAACUUGGACUAUUCUCCCACGAGGGAUCGCCCUUUCGGGCAGGCUAUGCUGAUUGACUUCCAUAACCUGAGAGACUCCGUCUAUAUGCUACAGGGUCAGCAAGGCGGUUGAAUCUUGUUGACUAGCUAGGUAUGGGCGCAAUGGAAGUGGCAAUUUGAAUAAAAGAACAAUCCGCAUCUUUGACUUUUUAAUUACCUACCUACCUGGAAGAUAUCUCUUACUGUGUAGACAUAUUUGUCCAUAGUAAGACACGAUUGAUGGCCUCAUGGUACUGAAGCAAAGAAUUGGCAUACUCUUCAGUUUUACAAGUAUGAUUAAAGAAGGAUGUCCCUUCCUAAACUUAGUGGUAAAUGUACCUAAUCAAAUUUAAUUAUUUCAUCC